AUGAAUGUGCAGGCUUGCUCGAGGUGUGGGUAUGGAGUGUACCCUGCUGAGAAGAUCAGCUGUCUAGAUCAGAUAUGGCAUAAAGCGUGUUUUCACUGUGAAACUUGCAAGAUGAUGCUCUCAGUUAAUAAUUUUGUGAGUCACCAGAAAAAGCCAUACUGUCACGCCCACAACCCCAAGAACAACACAUUCACAAGUGUCUAUCAGAGCCCGUUAAACCUAAAUGUGAAGAAAUCUUCAGCAGCCACCCCCAUGAUUGGUGACCAAGAGCAUAGCGAACAGUUUAAGUCUGUUUUUCACUGGGACAUGAAAUCCAAGGAAGGCGCAGCUGCACCUACCAGGCAGCCACUGGGGAAUGAGAGAGCCUAUUGGACUGGAUAUGGAGAAGACAAUUCCUGGUGCCCAGGAGGUCUGCCAGAUCCUGAAAUUGUAAGGAUGGUUGAGGCCCGGAAGGCUCUGGGGGAGGACUUUGCAGAAGAUUAUGAGCCACAGAAGGGCAAGGGGAGCUUCCCAGCCAUGAUCACUCCUGCUUACCAAAGGGCCAAGAGAGCCAACCAGCUGGCCAGCCAAGUGGAAUACAAGAGAGGCCAUGAUGAGCGCAUCUCAAGAUUCACCACGGUGGCUGAUACGCCUGAGCUGCUACGGGCCAAGGCAGGAAGCCAGCUUCAAAGCGAUGUGAGAUACACAGAGGCCUGUGAACAGCAGAGAGGGAAGGGCAGUUUUCCUGCUAUGAUCACCCCUGCUUAUCAGAUCGCCAAAAGAGCCAAUGAACUGGCGAGUGAUGUGAGGUACCACCAACAGUACCAACAGGAAAUGAAGGGAAUAGUUGGCUCAGCUGUUGGAGCUGAGGGCACAGUGACAAAGGAAUGCAUGUCUCCGACUGGUCAGGGUUACUUGGAAGAAGGUGAAGAACAAAGAGGAAAGGGCAGCUUCCCGGCCAUGAUCACACCAGCUUAUCAGAAUGCCAAGAAAGCCAACGAACUUGCAAGUGAUAUCAAAUACAGGCAGGACUUCAGUAAGAUGAAGGGGGCAGCUCAUUAUCACUCCCUCUCUGCCCAAGACAACUUGGUUCUUAAAAGGGCUCAAAGUGUGAAUAAGCUUGUGAGUGAGGUGGAGUAUAAGAAAGAUCUGGAAAAUAGUAAAGGUCACAGUAUCAACUACUGUGAAACACCUCAAUUCAGGAAUGUGAGCAAGAUCUCAAAAUUCACCAGUGAUAACAAAUAUAAAGAAAACUACCAGAACCACAUGAGAGGCCACUAUGAGGGAGUUGGCAUGGACAAACGAACACUCCAUGCCAUGAAAGUCGCAAAUCUGGCCAGCAAUAUUGCCUACAAGGCUGAUUAUAAACAUGAUAUUGUUGACUAUAACUACCCAGCCACUCUUACUCCUUCCUACCAAACAACAGUGAAGCUGGUACCUUUAAAAGAUGCCAACUACAGGCAAAGCAUUGACAAGCUCAAGUUCAGCUCUGUGACAAACACACCACAGAUCCUUCAAGCCAAAAUUAAUGCCCAGCAGCUGAGUCAUGUGAACUACCGUGCUGACUAUGAGAGAAAUAAGUUGAAUUACACAUUGCCACAGGAUGUGCCUCAGCUAGUGAAGGCCAGAACCAAUGCUGAGCUCUACAGUGAGGUUAAGUACAAAGAAGGCUGGGAGAAGACGAAGGGAAGAGGAUUUGAACUGAAACUGGAUGCUAUGUCUCUGCUGGCUGCCAAGGCCUCGGGAGAGCUUGCUAGCAAUAUUAAGUACAAAGAAGAGUAUGAGAAAACAAAAGGCAAAGUCGUGGGAACUCCAGACUCGAAGCUUCUGCACUCCCUGCAGGUUGCCAAGAUGAGCAGCGAGGUUGAGUACAAGAAAGGCUUUGAAGAGAGUAAGACCCAUUUUCACUUGCCCAUGGACAUGGUAAACAUCAGACAUGCAAAGAAGGCUCAGGCUCUGGCCAGUGACCUGGAAUACCGGGAAAAACUGCAUGAAUACACUGUGCUGCCCGAAGAUAUGAAGACUCAGUGGGCCAAGAAAGCCUCCGGACUCCAGAGUGAGCUGCAGUACAAGGCAGACCUGGCAUGGAUGAGAGGUGUUGGGUGGCUGACAGAGGGCAGCCUCAAUUUGGAACAGGCCAAGAAGGCUGGACAGCUGGUCAGCGAGAAAAACUACAGGCAGAAGGUGGAUGAGCUGAAGUUCAGCAGUGUGACGGACAGCUCCCAGAUGGAGCAUGCCAAGAGGAGUCAGGAGCUGCAAAGUGGGGUGGCCUACCGAGCAGAGAAUGAGCAGUCUGUCCAUCAGUACAGUAUCAGCAAAGACGAGCCAGUGUUUUUGCGGGCCCGUGCCAAUGCUGCCAACCUCAGCGAGAAGCUGUACAAGAGCAGCUGGGAGAACCAGAAAGCCAAAGGGUUUGAGCUGAGCCUUGACUCUUUGGCCUUCCUGGCUGCCAAAGCCAAGCGGGACUUGGCCAGUGAGGUGAAGUACAAGGAGGAUUAUGAGAGAUCCAGAGGGAAGCUCAUUGGUGCACAGGGUGCCCUAGGGGAUGCGCAGAUGAGCCACUCUCUCCAAAUGUCCAAGCUGCAAAGUGAACUGGAGUACAAGAAGGGAUUCGAGGAUGUGAAGUCCCAGUGCCACGUUUCCCUGGACAUGGCCCACCUGGUGCAUGCACGCAGAGCUCAGCAUCUAGCCACAGAUGUGGGCUACAAGACCGUGCCACACCACUUCACAGCUCUGCCUACAGACCUGAAGCUGGAGUGGGCCAAGAAGGCGUAUGGUCUGCAGAGCGAUAACCUGUACAGGGCAGAUGUGAAGUGGAUGAAAGGCACGGGCUGGGUCGCCACCGGGUCAUUAAAUGUGGAGCAGGCGAAGAAGGCAGGAGAACUCAUUAGCGAGAAGAAGUACCGUCAGCAUCCAGAUGCUUUGAAGUUUACCAGUAUUAAAGACACUCCGGAGAUGGUCCAGGCCAGAAUUAGUUAUACCCAAGCAGUGGAUAGGCUGUACAGGGAGCAGGGAGAAAGUCUCAAGCACCACUAUACGCAGACAGUCGAUCUCCCUGAAGUUCUGCUGGCCAGGCUGAAUGCUAUGAAUAUCAGCGAGACACGGUAUAAGGAGUCGUGGAGCAAACUUCGAGAAGGUGGCUAUAAGCUGAGGCUGGAUGCCAUUCCAUUCCAAGCAGCAAAGGCUUCUGGUGAAAUCAUCAGCGAUUACAAAUACAAAGAAGCAUUUGAGAAAAUGAAAGGACAAAUGCUUGGAUCCAAGAGCUUGGAGGAUGACAUCAGCUUGGCACAUUCUGUGUAUGCCAACUCUCUGCAAAGCGACGUGAAUUACAAGAAAGGCUUUGAACUUUCAAAGGCUCAGUUCCAUCUACCCUUGGACAUGGUCACUUUGGUGCAUGCCAGGCAGGCGCAGAACCUGGCCAGUGACCAGGACUACAGACACCCACUACCUCAGCACACAUCCUUGGCUGAAGAUCUGAGGCUGAGCUGUGCCAAGAAAGCCCACCAGCUGCAGAGCGAGAAUGUGUAUCGGUCAGACCUGAACUUCAUGCGUGGUGUGGCCUGUGUCAUUCCUGGUACUUUGGAGAUUGAAGGCAGGAAGAAAGCAUCGGAACUCAUCAGCGAGAGCAAAUACCGCCAGCAUCCCCAGGCAUUCAAGUACACAGCCGUGACUGACACUCCCAGCCUCCUUCACGCCAAACUCAGCAACCAGAUUACGAAUGAGCGCCUCUAUAAAGCGGCAGGAGAAGAAGCCAGGCACCAGUACACCAUGAUGCCCAGGCUGCCCGAGUUUGACCGAGCAAAGAUGAACGCAGCCAUUCUGAGUGAUGCAAAAUACCAGGAGUCUUGGCGUAACCUGCGGUCUCAGGGCUACAAGCUGACAAUGGACGCACUCCCCUUCCAGACUGCCCGGGUUUCAGCAGACAUUGCCAGUGAUUUUCUCUACAGACAUGACUUUGUGAAGGAGCGAGGGAGGCUGAUUGGAGCCCAGAGUGUCAAUGAUGACCCUUGGCUCUGGCACUGCCGACGCAUGGGCCAACUGCAGAGCGAGCUAGCUUACCGGCGGGAGGCGGCUGGCAACCGUGAUCAGUGCCACUUGCCCAGGGACAUGGUGCCCCUGGUGCAUGCCAGGAAGGCUCAGGCUCUGGCCAGCGACUAUGACUACAGGACACGAUGCCAUGAGUUCACAGCACUGCCCGAAGACCUGAAGAUGGCUUGGGCCAAGAAAGCCCACGCCCUGCAGAGUGAGUUCCGCUACAAAUCAGACCUGAUGGGCAUGAAGGGGACAGGAUGGCUGGCGCUGAGCUCCCCACAGAUGGAGAGUGCCAGGAAGGCUGGAGAACUCAUCAGUGAGAGCAAAUACCGCAAAAGACCAGACAGUAUCAAGUUCACCACUGUGGUGGACUCCCCAGAUCUGGUCCAUGCCAAGAACAGCUAUUUGCACUGCAAUGAGCGGCUGUACAGGUCUGGGGGUGAGGAGUCCCAGCAUCAGUACACCUUGAUCCCUGACCAUCCAGAUUUCACCAGGGCCCGUCUCAACGCAAUGCAUCUGAGUGACAAAGUCUACAGAAACUCCUGGGAACAGAUCCGUGCUGGUGGCUGUGACUUCAGGCUGGACGCCAUCCCCUUCCAGACUGCCCGGGCCUCCAGGGAGAUUGCCAGUGAUUUCCGCUACAAAGAGGCCUUCCAGAGAGACCGGGGCCUACAGAUUGGGUACCGCAGUGUCCAUGAUGACCCAAAGAUGACACAUUUCCUCAGUGUCAGCAAACUCCAGAGUGACAAUGAGUACAAGAAAGACUUUGCCAAGAGUCGGUCUCACUUCCACAGCCGUCCUGACCAGCCUGGCUUUCUCCAUGCCAAGAGGAGUCAACAGCUAGCCAGUGAUGUCCGCUACAGGCAGACCCUGCCCCAGCCCACCUGUGACCCUGAAGAGCUGGGCCUGAAGCAUGCACAAAAGGCCCACCAGCUGCAGAGUGAUGUCAAGUAUAAAUCAGACUUGAACCUGACCCGAGGUAUUGGCUGGACCCCUCCUGGCUCCUACAAAGUGGAGAUGGCCCGGCGUGCUGCAGAACUGGCCCAUGCCAGGAAUCUGGUCCUCCGGGGUGCAACUGGAGGGCCAGAGGCUACAGAGACUGGAGCUAAUCAGAGGGGGGAUGUGAACCCCGAUGCCACUGAAAUCCUGCACGUCAAAAGAAGGAAGGCUCUGGUGUUGUGAGAGAGCCACAGACACCCCGGAUUCUUGGGAUUGAAGCUGGAUUUGAGCACCAGAGACACGCUGCGAUGGCUUCAGUCAGGCCGACAUGUCAAAGCAGCCUGGUCCAUCCCCCAGUGCGGCCUUUAUUCUGGAGCACAGCCCUGCCAGCGGAUGGGGAACUGCACAUUGGGGGUCCCCUGUCUAGUUCCUGGGAGUGGGGAAAUGUCUGGGGUUCAGGCCCUGAGUGUCUGGGAUGAGGAAUAAAGAUGGCAAGGUUGGCUGUCGAGUCCUUUUUACACAUGUCCAUGGUGCAGUUGAUCUGUGAUACUGAUUUGACUUUCUAGAAGGGACUUUUGUUGGAAGUUAGUACCAGCCAGACAUGCUAGUGUUUUUUGAGGGAGCCAGGAGAAAGACUGCUGUGCAGGCUGGGAGCAAGUGUCUCUGCUUUGCAGUGCUGCCUACCACAGGGUCACCCUACAGGCAUCCCAGGG